UGGUCGGGCUGGCUCCUUCUCUUUUAACUUUCGUUUCUCUGCCGAGGCCAGGCCUUCCUCUCCUUCCCCCAACCCCAUCCCGCUGUUUCCCUCUGUCUGGGCCUCUCUCAUCUGCUCUCCAGCUGCCAAGAAGUUAGGGACAGACAGGGCUCCGCUCAGCUGCUCAGAAUCACCCAAUGGCGGAGCCCCAGGACCUCAGGAGCUCAGUUGCAAACCUUUCUUCGCACUGAGCUGGAAGACGGGUCCAAAAGAGGAAAGGAUUCCGGGGUUCCAAAAACCUUCGGAAGGAUCUAGUCCGGCCUCCUCCUUUUACAGCUGAGGCUCAGAAAGGGAUUUGUCCAAGCGGACCCCCGCCCUCGCCCUCUCUGGCCCGGAAAGCGACAGCUGAGACCUAGCACAAGCCGCUGGCCAACCAGCAAGCGCCCCCGACCGGGCCUCCCAGCCUCGGGAAUCCAGCUCCAGGCGCCCGGCCCCCUGGAAGGCCCCGCCUCCUCCAUCACCCCGCCCCUAGCUGAAGCUGACCAAUCCCGCAUGCUGAGGGCGGAGCCUCCGCGGGGCGGGGCUGAAGAGGAAGAAAGUAGCAACCCCCGGACCGCGCGCAGGAGUCAGUGCAGCUUCUAGCGACCCAGGGGCCGGCCGCGGGAGGAGCGAGAGCGCGAGCGAUGCAGUCGCUGCCGCAGCUUCCUGAUUGGCUGCUGGUAGCGUCGCGGACCGUCUGAUUGGCAGCCGACGAACAGGACCCAUGUUGGGCAAAGGUGUGAAACGUAAGAGAGAGGAGGAAGAGGAGGAAGACCUGACCUCACAGGACUGGUGGCUAGAAGAGACUACCCCUAGCCCAAACCCUGAGGAGGGGGCUAGCCCAGCACCCUUGCCCCCCAGCUCUCUCUUCAAUCUCUCUAUAUUCAAACUCCACCAUGGCCUGCGGAGGGGUGAGCCAGAUCUCCGACACCUUGUCUUGGUGGUCAACACCCUGAGGCGAAUUCAGUCCUCUAUGGCCUUGGAGUCGUCCCCCCCAGAGCCCCCUUGUCCAGCUCCUGUUGACCCCCUCCCAGUGGCCCCUGAUGCCCCUCUGUGCACAUCCGUCUCAGCCCUUCUGGAUGACCUGAGCCACAUUGAAGGCCUCUGCGACACACAGACAUCCUUCUCUGAAGACAUCCCCCUGAGCCGGCCCCCCGAGACCGGACUGGACCCUGGGCGGCCAGCCCCUCUGGGGUCUUUGGAGCUCCUCCUGGAGGAUGGACUGGAGGGUCUCUUUGAUGACAUUGACACUUCCAUGUAUGACUGUGAACUCUGGCCCAACCUCAAAACAGACUCUGGGGAAACCGAGGACAAGAUCCAGGGACAAGGACUAGACGUGUCUGAACUAGAUUACCUCAUGGAUGUGCUUGUGGGCACACAGACAUUGUAGGGGGACCAGAAAAUGGCUCCCUUUCUGCCCCCAAGAAACCUGACAUGGACAGGGGGUGUGGGGCUGCAGGGAGCCGGAGCUCUCCUCCAGUUACAGACUAGGGGGGCCAAGGGAACCCCCUUGGAAUUGUGGGGCGGGCAUCAUGGACGGUUUUUAAGAUGAAAACAAUUAAUAUAUUAAGUAA